AUGGCGACAGAGACACCAAACACUGAGCCGCCCAAGGCUGUCGAAGACAAAAAGGCUCAGCAACCUGCCAAGAAAGAUGGCGGAGCGCAAAAGAAGGAUGCACCAGCUGUCCCAGCAGCAGAGGGAGGCGAGAAGAAGCUGUCAGGUGCCGAGCUGAAGGCAAAGGCAAAGGCCGAGAAGGCGGCGAGAAGAGCAAAGGCCAAGGAGGCGCAACCAGCACCACCACCUGGAGGAGCUCAGCAGACCGGAGGAGGAGACGCAAAAGGAGGAAAGUCGAAGCCCCGACAAGAUGGUCCUCAGGGCGCCGGUGGAGCGAGAGGCGGCCCUGCGGUCAAGGCCGUGCCGGUCGCGAUUCCCAAGGACACCAGGCCCAAGGUCCCCGAGUGCUUCAGUCACCUGUCUAUGGCCAAGAGGAUACACAUGACGGAGGUCGAUAAGGACGUCCAUCCGGCAGUUCUGGCUCUGGGCCAGCAGAUGAGCGCAUUUGCAAUCACCGAUAGUACCACAAGACUAGAGGCGACUCUGUUGGCAUUCAAGAAGGUGAUUGAUUCUUACACAACGCCCCCGGGCAACACAUUCUCACGCCACUUCACAUCACACAUCCUGAACCCUCAGAUCGAGUACCUCUCGGCAUGCAGACCCAUGUGCUUCUCCAUGGGCAAUGCCGUCCGCUGGCUCAAGCUCCAGGUCAGCAAGAUCGACAUUGACCUGCCCGACUUUGAGGCCAAGAAGCUCCUCCGCGAGUCCGUCGACAACUUCAUCCGCGAGCGCAUCACCCUCGCCGACUUUGUCAUCGUCAAGACCGCCGCCGACAACAUCGCCGACGGCGAAGUUGUCCUGACGUACGCCCACCACCCGCUCGUCGAGCGCGCCCUCCGCCAGGCCCACGCCGACGGCAAGAGGUUCUCCGUCACCGUUGUCGACGACCCCUUUGAGAGCACCGGCCGCGACCUCGCGAAGCGGCUGCGCGCCCUGCAGGGCGUCGAGGUGGCCUACAGCCCCGACCUGAGCGCCAUGCGGGACCACCUCCGCGAUACGUCGCGUGUGCUGGUCGGCGCGGAGGCCAUGUUCAGCAACGGCGCCAUGUACGCCAGGGCUGGCACCAGCGAUAUUGCCAUUGCGGCGGCUGAUCAGGGCAUUCGGGUCAUGGCUCUCAGCGAGACCAUCAACUUUACCGAGAGGGUCGCCAUGGACUCGCUUACGUAUAACGAGAUCGACCCCGAGCAGAACACCGAGGAGGCUUUCAGACUGCUUUUUGACACCACCCGUGACCGCCACAUCUCAGUGGUCGUUACGGAGCUGGGCAUCACGUCGCCUGUGUCUGUGCCUGCCAUUCUGCGGAAGCUGGAGGAGUUGUAG